AUAAAUUAUUGGAAUUGAUGUCAUCAAGUCCGAGAGCUGAAGCGCUCACUUGGCUAAUACUGAUCUUUGCCAGAGCCAAUCAUAUGCGCCGCCUCCAGUGGGCGGAGACCACUCAUAAAUAUAAAUUGCAUGCAGUGUCUCCCUACACAAGACAUUCAUUUGUUUAAUCUUGUUGCAAAACCGGAGAUCAAACACUGACAACAUGGUUGACUGGACAGACGCCGAGAAGAGCACCAUCAGUGCUGUCUGGGGCAAAGUAGAUAUCAAUGAGGUCGGACCACUGGCUCUGGCAAGAGUCCUGAUCGUCUAUCCCUGGACUCAGCGUUAUUUCGGCUCUUUUGGAGACGUGUCCACUCCCGCAGCAAUCAUGGGCAACCCCAAAGUUGCUGCUCACGGCAAGGUCGUGUGUGGAGCUCUGGAUAAAGCUGUGAAGAACAUGGGCAACAUCUUGGCCACAUACAAGUCACUGAGCGAGACCCACGCCAACACACUCUUCGUCGACCCUGACAAUUUCAGGGUGUUGGCUGACGUCCUCACAAUUGUCAUUGCCGCCAAGUUCGGAGCCUCUUUCACUCCUGAAAUCCAGGCAACCUGGCAGAAGUUCAUGAAAGUGGUUGUCGCAGCCAUGGGCAGCCGGUACUUCUAAAUGCACCCCAGACAAGUGAUUAUGUUCUGACAUCCCUGCCUGAGUGAAAAUAAAGACGUUGAAACAAA